UGUGCUGCUUCGAGGAGGCUGCUUUGGCUUGGUGUUUGCAUGCAAUGCGGUCAUGUGGACGGUCUUCGCAAAAGCCCUGCGGCUCUCCUCCUCCUCAGCUGCUGCCUCGGUGACAACAACGGCCUCCAAUUUCAUCUCCUCGGCCAUCCUGGGCAAGCUGCUCUUUGGGGAGACGUGGACGCUUCUGUGGUGGCUCGGCCUCGCUGUGACGCUGGGCGGCCUCGUGCUGCUGCACACCACUGCACCCCGGGCAGCGUGGCUGCUGCCGGAGAAGAAGGAGAAGUGAGGAGGACAGGAGGGUGCCUGGAGCGACACCAACCCUCAUGAGAAGUUAGCUGCUGGACCUGCCUCGCGUCUCCGGAGGGUGCUGACAGGCGAUGCUGUCCCGCAUGGACAUGGAGUGCUUAGCACCGCUGGGCUGAUGGCAUUGGGUUAAGAGGAAGAGCCAGUCGCACACAUUCAGACCCAUUACCCUGUUUGCGUGCUUAUCUGUUGAUUAGCAAAGGCACACACGCUAAAUCUUUCCUGGUAGGCGAGCACCAGCGUUUCCAGAUGCGUGGUAGUGGUGAGCUCCUACGGUGUGUCAUUAAUGACUGCUCCGGCCUCUUCUGAGUCAACGUACUGGAAAUGGAGACCAGAGGCUUAUCAGCUGCUCCUCCUCUUCACACUCUUUUGCUGUGGAGCUUUCUCAAUUUGGGGGUAGAAAAUUGAAAGUAAACAUGGUGGCUAUGGAAGGUGGCUGGGCUUUUCCAUAGGAGGAACUGGCCUGAAGUAGAAAAGCAAACAGAAAUAGCUGUUGAAGACUUCUGACAUACCUAUGGUUUCCCUCUCUGCCUCUGGAAAUGUCCCUGUGCUCGUCAUAAGUUUUCAUGGUUUGGGAAGCUGUGGAGCACUUAAUUCCUUCAGCCUCCCCAAUCAGUCGCAUACACCUUUUCACUUGCCAUCUCCAUCUGCUGCCUACACUUCCCGCUUUGCCAUUCCUGACAUAGUGCUCAUUUUGAUGUAAGGUUAAUAAGGUUAAGGCUUUUUCCUUAAACUUAGCCCAGAUGGAUUUUUGAUCACCAUCACUGGUUUCAUGUAGGUCAAACUGUGGUUUUGAGGAGAAAAGAAGAGAGUACAUGUGAACAGUUAGCAGUUUUCAUUAAGGGCGUGCAUGUUCAGUGCGAGUUAUGUGAUAAGAAGGUCUCCACAAGCAGAAAGGGCACAGCAAGACCGUGGCAGGUGGGGGAACCCAAAUAAUCCCCUGCC